UCCUUUGCAGGCUGGAAGUGCCAAGUGCAGGAUAAUUCAGUGAAUGAUGUGGACUAUUUCAGCUUCUUGUUUUCAACCCUUAUAGGGUUUUCAAGACAGGAGCUGACUAGUCUCCAGGGCAUCAGAGGAAAACCACACAUUAGCCAGACACAGCUUUCACCUGUCCGUCUUUACCUAACUGAUCUGGACCAGUUUUUACACCACUGGGCUGUGACAGAGAUGAUCUGUCACAGCUUGUCCACUAUACCUUCACAAAGUCAGUGUUUUGACAUUCUCCAGACCGGCAUCUGUAAAUACCUGGUUGGAUUGGUUGUAAUACCCGAUAGCACAGCUGGAUCUGUUCUAUGUGCCAUAAAUAAGCUCUUGGAUCAAGCUUGCAUCCUAAGUGAAAACCUGCACAAGUUCUUAGCCUCUUGUUGUUACAGUCUUCUGUACUUUCUGCUGACUUUAGACAAAGAGGAUGCAGAACAUGUACAGAAAAGGGAUAUGCUGUGGGGAUCGUGUAUUUCUGCAUUAGCACUCCUGCCACGAUUACUGAGACUGAUGCUGCAAAGUCUGCAAGUGAGCAGGAUCUGUCGGGAAGAACUGCCCAUCGUUGCUCAGUUGCUUCGCUUACUAAUGCAACACGGUCAGCUCAGGAGCCAUAUGAUCACAAAUGAAUUUCUGGUGCAACAGAUUAUCAAGGACAUCAUGACACUGAAGAGUGGUGAAGUCCAAGAGCAGUGGCUAACAGACCUCCAUUACUGUUUCAACAUCUACCUUGCCUCUCACCCCCAGGGACCUGGCCCUCUGAACGCAGUCUACUAAAGAGGUCAAACUGCAUUAUUGUAAAGCAUUUACUUCUAUUUAGUUUUGAAUGGAAGAUGUUGGAACAAAGCUUGUCAAUUUUUUUGUAAGUGAAACAGAAUAAAAAUUUUGCAAAGAACUGCA